AUGGCGAAAGGCGCUAUCACUACCAGCAACGUGACUUCCUGGGGUUCAUUGGCGCCGUGCCUAGAGACCCUCGAGUCGCACGUCGUUCUCGUCCAGGAGCAUCACCGACGGGACGAGGCGAAGCUCGCCGACCUGCAGCACGAGGUGCUGGAUCACGGGUUCGCGGGCAUCUGGGCGCCAGCAGUGGCAGGCCCCACCUCCGCGGAGGGCACUACGGGCGGCGUCGCGGUCUUGGCCCGCAAGAACAUCCCCGUCACGGCCCCGCCGCUGCUGCCCUCGGCGACACUGUGGCCAGGGCGACUGGUGGCCGCCCACGUGCACUGGGGAGUCCGUGGCGGCAUUGUCCUCGUGUCGGCCUACCUGGUCGACAGCGUUGGCAUGAACGACGUGAACCGAAGCAUCUUCGGCGCGCUCACUCGCUACCUCACGAAGCUCACGGCCUCGGGCAUCGACUGGAUCGUCGGCGGCGACUUCAAUGGGCCUCCCAGCUGCCUGCCCCUGGCGCAGUUGGAAAAGGCGGGGGGCCUCUGGCUAGCGCCGUCGGCCGACACCUGCCGCCCACAGGCGGGCAGCGGCUCGGUGCUGGACUACUUUCUGGUCGGUGCAAACCUGGCCAGCCGCAUCUCGGCUCCGAGAGUGGAUGAGUUGGGCAUCACCUCACCGCACCUCCCUGUCAACAUGGAGCUGCGUGCCGCCGACCUGGACAUGCGCGUGAGAAUCCCGAUCGCCCCCAGGGCGAUUCCAGCGGUGCCGCCCAUCGGCUGCAGCCGAGGUGUCGAGGACUGGGCGCCCACUUUGGCCCAGGUGCGCGCCACAACCAGCGCCGAGGAGCUGCCAGCAGCCUGGGACGCCGUCGUCAGCACCUUGGAGCAGGAGCUGUUGGACCGCUACGACCAGGUUGGCGAAGCGCGCAGGCGGUUCGAAGGACGUGCGGGGCCCAUUGCGACCAAGCUGGCGCCAGUCAAGUGGAAGCCGCAAGGGCAGCGUGUCCGAUUGGGGCCUGAUGUCAUCGCGGCCAAGGUCGCGGGCCGAUGGGCGCGUCACUUCAUGGGGGUCAGCGCGGUCCUCGCGAAGGCCAGCAGGAGGCUGCAAACCGCCAGCCUGCAGUGCUCCCUUGUCCCUGAGCAGUACCACGAGCUGGCGGACUUCGUCGCGAGGGCUUUGGAGUAUGGGCGCGUGGUUAUGGACAGCAAGAAGACGCUGGCACGGCUCCCGCAUUGGGUGAGGUCCUUCUUCGAGCAGGGCUUUCGCGUGAUCGGCAACACCGACUUCCUGGAACAGGCGGGCCGCAUCGUCCAGUUCGCCAAGGACGCCCACGCGGACGCGCUCAAGGUCAGGCAGCAGAGCUGGAUCCAGUGGGCCAACGACAGCCUGCGGAACGGCGCUGGCAAGGCGCACCGCUUCACCAAGCUGCGGGCGAUGCAGGAGGUGCUGGCGCAAUGGCAGGGCACCCACACCGAGCUCACCACUGGACGGCUCGCCCAGACCUUCGUCCCGCAGCAGCAGGUCGCCAGCCAGCACCUGAUCUGCGACCGGGAGAUGAAGGCCUGGGAGGACGUCUGGUCGUGCCACAAGCUCGAGGCGCUGGAAAGGCCAGCUGACUUCGACGAAUGGGACGACCUCGAGGACCUCACCGUGGAGGCGCUGCAGCGGGCCGCCUGCAGCUUCCCCACCACCACGGCGCUCGGCCCAGCGCAGAUCGGUAUGCGUGCGCUCACCUUUCUCACGGACGACGGCGUUUACACCUGCGGCCAGCUCUUCAUGAAGUGCGAGGCGCUGGGGGCUUGGCCCAGCGACAGUCUGUGGCACGCUAUGUGCCGCAUCCCCAAGGCCUCUGGCGGCUGCAGGCUGAUCACGCUGAUGCACUCGCUAAUCCGAUGGUGGUCGAGGGCUCGUGCCUCGACGUCCAAGGCGUGGCUGACGGCGCACCCCAAUGCCAGUAUUUGGGGCAUGGGCGGUGGCAGAUCUUCCUCCGACUCCGCCUUCGACCUCAACCUUGAGACGGAGGUAUCGGACUGCCUGGACGAGCACGUCGUAAUCGUCAUGCUGGACGCCUGGAAGUUCUUUGAGACGAUUAAGCCCGAGUGGCUACUCAUCGAGGCGCGGCUGCUGGGCAUGCCGCUGCGGUUGGUCUGGAUGUUGAGUGAGCUAUACAGGCAGCCGAGGCGGCUGCAAGCUUUCGGCUCGGUGUCCUACGCGGUCGUGUCACAUCAGGGCGUGCUCGCAGGAUGCACUCACGCCUGUGCCAUGGUCACCUUGCUCAUGUUCAGGCUGCUCGAGCAGGCGCGAGAUGCAGGCGUCACCCCGAGGGCCCUCAUCGACGACGUCACCUUGCAGUGGCGCGGGAGGCGGCUCUCGCAACUGGGCGUGCUUUGGGCGGCCACCACCAGGUUCCGCGAGGGCGCCCAGGAGCGAGGCAUUGUCGUGCAGCCCACCAAGUCGGGCUACUUGGUCUCAUCGGACGCGGCUGCUCGCGAGUGUGCCCGACACGCGGCGGCCCGCAAGCUGACCAAGAUGCGCUGGGCCCGCAACCUGGGGCACGAUCUGGGCGGGCGCAGAAUCGCUAGGCUCCAGACGGCAAAGCGGGUGCGGCAGCUCAAGGAGCGGCGCGGCAAGUUGGCAGCUUUCAGAGGGGCAGACGUCAGGAUGCAUCUGACCGGCGGCGUGCAACGCUGGCAGGCGAGGCAGAUCGCGGCGCACCACCGCCAGCACGGCGAGGUCAAGCCUUGGGUGCGGGCCAUGCGGCUCUGCGUGGGCGACGGGCGCGCGGCGUUGGCGGAGGGCCCGUCGGCCACCAGCCUGCGUCACCACUGGGCAACGGUGGCCUGGACGCAACAGGCCCAGCACGACCUUGGGCUGGCGGCGGCGCCGAAUUGCAGGGCCUGCGGACAUCCGUCCGACUCGCCUGGGCACAGAUUUUUCGGUUGCGAGGUACUCGUGCAGCCGCUCACAGAGGAGGAGCAGGACGAGCAGCUGCCGCCCGAGCCGAUGCAGGCCACCCGCACCUUCAUGUGCGACAAAGGCCUGCAGGAGGGCGGCAGCUUCGAGAGCGCCGACUUCCAAAUGUGCUUGCCCUGCAUGCCGCCAUUCGUGCCGCCCGCCGCGGAGCAGGCCGAGGUGAAGUUCUGGGGCUGCUGGCCUAGCCCAGGGGCGGACACGGACAUGGAUGCGUACUUGGACCGAGGCCUCCACCCGCUGCUGUACUCUGGCAACAUGUGGGCCGACUGGUUCGCUCGGCAAGGAGCCAUGCAGCACACCGUGUCGAAGGUGUACGAGGAGUUCUACAACAUCGAGCUGCAACACUACAAGAGCCUGGCAAAGUACGUCGGCUGGGCGGUGCAGAGGACGAUGCACGCAGGCCGCUGGGAUGCGCCCGAGCAGACAGCCCGCCCGCCAAAGGUGCCCAAGGUGCAGGCGGCGACUGUGAUCAGCCACUCCCUGGUUCGCCUGAACGGGACGGCAGACCAGCGGGCAGACGGGGCCACAUGGACGCAGUUCGCGCGUUCAGCUUGCGAGGCCAGCCAGUACACCGCGCUGCGGGCCGAGGCCAUCAUCGCGCACGUCGGCGCGCAGCCCAUUGUGGUCUCGGAGGCGGGCGAGUUCGCUAUGCAGGCGAUCGAGCGCGCGGCGUGCCCCGAAGAUGCGGGGCCCAGGCCAGCCGAGCCUGCCCCCUGGGGCUCAGGGGACGUUACCAUCGAGAUGCAGGGGCACAGGCUGAGGCGCGCAGGGCCCACCAUCUACUGCGAGGUAUGUGUGGCGUGGGCGGCGACAGGCUCCUCACUGGCCCUGGCUGCGCCCUGCGCUGGCCCGCCCAGCGCCGAGGGCAAGAACCAGCGCACCUACCUGUCCAACCUCAGGGCGCGGCUCAAGAAGCUCAGCCAAGGGCUGCACCCCAAGACAGGAAAGGUGCUUACUUGGGGAGGUGCAGGCGAGGCUCCAGACGGCCCCAGAACAUGGGCCACAGCGGCGGCCAGCGCGGCCGCGGGCGACAUGGCCUCUGGGGGCGACGGCGCUGCAGAGCGGCCAAGCGGCAGGCACGCGCAGAAGGAACAGGGCGAGGCGACCAGGCCUGGCCAGGACCACGAGAUGCGCGAGGUGCCUGCAGGGGCUGGAGGGUCCGACGCAGUCCAGACCAAGAAGCCUGCUUGGCGGGUGCGACGGCAGGAGCUCCAGGAACGGAUGCAGCGAAGGCAGCAGCAUCUGCUAGCCGAACGUGGUCCAGCAGCCGCCAGCGGCGCGCAGCGUGAUGAGGGAGACAUGGCCGACGGCAGCUUGCCCUCGGCCUAUGGAGCGCACCAAUGCCCCGACGGGGGCACCCCUGGACUGGUGACGCUCCAGCCGCCGCCAGCUGCCCCAGACGUGGGGGUGGUCGAUGCCUGUCUGGCGGCGGGGCCGUCGCGGCUGCCUGCGCCCUUGAGGUGUGACCUGGCACACGAGGUGACGCUGACCACGGACCACCAGGAGGGCGCCGUGACCAGCCCUCAGGACAUGAGCAGCCCGCCGCAGCCGUUCUCGACUACCGAUAUGGCCAGCACCAGGGGUGGCAGGGGACCUGCAAAGUGCGGUCGCGAAUGCGGCCCCGCCCUGAGUGCUGGCAGGUCUGACAACUCGCAGCGGGCGCUGCCAGGCAUGGCCAGUGACAAGGGUGGCAGGAGGCCUGCAAGCCGCGACCCUGAGUGCGGCCCCACCUUGGGCACUGGCGGCGACGGCAGCCAGGCCCACCGCGUGCGGCGACGAUUUACGGCCUGGGCCAGGGGUGGCAGGGUACCUGCAAUGUGCGUGCGUGAGUGCGGCCCCGCCCUGAGCCCAGGAUGCGACGAGGACCGCGACGGCAAGGGCAUGGCCAGCGCCAGGGGUGGCAGGGGACCUGCAAAGUGCAGUCCUGUGUGCGGCCCCGCCCUGGGCACUGGCAGCGGGUCUCUGGAAGCGGCGUCGCUUGAGGAGGACCAGCGGCAGCCGCAGCUGGCUUCUGGGGAGGCGUGUCCACGUGCAGCUACGGCUGGUGCCAGGGGUGGCAGGGGACCUGCAGUCUGCGGUCCUGAGUGCGGCCCCGCCCUGAGCACCAGCACCCACCCCGAGCGGCGACGGAUUACGGCCUGGGCCAGGGGUUGCAGGGGACCUGCAAUGUGCGUGCGUGAGUGCGGCCCCGCCCUGAGCCCAGGAAGCGACGCGGACCGCGACGGAAUGUGCAUGGCCAGCACCAGGGGUGGCAGGGGACCUGCAAGUGCCGACCGUGUGUGCGGCCCCGCCCUGAGUGCUGGCAGAGUUGCGGUGGCUCGGCCUGAGCCAGCGCAGCCGAGGCGCAGCGUCGCGCCCAGGCUUGAGCUGCAGGUCGCUGGAUGGGCGCGGUACUGGACCCAGGCGCCCGAGGUCGGCGAGACGAUGGAGUGCCACAGCGAGUGGCUCGACCACUGCGUCGGCUACGUCACGCAGAUCCUGUCCCAGCCGCGCUUCGCCACCAGGCUGCGGGCGCGUGGGAGGACGGCCGAGGAGAUGGCCGAGGAGAUCUGCGAGCGGGCCGGGGGGACUGGCAUGCCCGCGAGGCGGGCCUACUACAGGUGGCGCCACACGCUGACGCGGUCGCAGAGGAUCGUGUCGGACUGCAUGCGGCGCUACGACUACGUGCGCCUGCGGACGUGGCUGGCCGAGCUGCGGCGGGAAGGGCAGCCACCGCCCAUUGGCCCGCUCAGAGCGCCUUCGGAGGCGACGGAGAAGUGGUUGAGGGUCGGCCUCUCAUGGCACGGGCAGCCGCUGCGCGCUGCGCGGCGGUCUGGCCCCAGCGCGCCGCCCUUCGCGUCCGUCGACGUGAUCGGCAUCGCUGGCCUCCCCUGA